UCAUCGCCGUCGGCUAAGAGUAGGUGCAGACAUCAAGGAGAGGUCGUUAAAGAGGUGGUGCCGUCUAUCCACACGCGCUAACGUUGGACUCUUCUAUUUAUACCCCGACGGGAAUCAAUGAAGGAAAGACGCUCGUGUCAGAAACUUCCCGUGAAAUCAGCCAUGGAUCACAGUUCGAGUGUGAAGUGUAAGAUCGUGGUGGUGGGAGACAGCCAGUGCGGGAAGACGGCGUUGCUUCACGUGUUCGCCAAGGACUGUUUCCCUGAGAGUUACGUACCCACUGUUUUUGAAAACUACACGGCCAGUUUUGAAAUCGACACACAGAGGAUUGAACUCAGCCUGUGGGAUACCUCAGGAUCGCCCUACUAUGACAAUGUGAGACCUCUUUCGUAUCCAGAUUCAGACGCUGUGCUCAUCUGCUUUGACAUCAGUCGCCCGGAAACGCUCGACAGUGUGCUAAAGAAGUGGAAAGGGGAGAUACUAGAGUUUUGUCCGAACACCAAGAUGCUAUUAGUGGGCUGUAAGUCAGACCUGCGCACUGACCUGAGCACGCUGGUUGAGCUCUCCAACCACCGGCAGACACCCGUGUCUUACGACCAGGGCAACAACAUGGCCAAGCAGAUCUCGGCGCCAUACAUCGAGUGCUCGGCUCAGCAGUCGGAGAACAGCGUGCGGGACAUUUUCCACGUGGCCACGUUGGCCUGCAUCAACAAGAACAGCAAAAAUGUCAAGCGUAGCAAGACCACCCGCGCCACCAAGAGGAUUUCACACAUGCCCGGGAGACCCGACCUGGCGGCUGUAGCCUCGGACCUCCGGAAGGACAAGGCUAGAAGUUGCUCUGUCAUGUGACUGCUUGGACUGAGGGGGAUUAGAGUGGAAGGAAUAAGGACUGAGCGCAACGUAAGCAGGAAGCGAUGGGGCAAGUCGCCUUCCUCCGUGAGAAAGACCCCUUUUUUGUCUGGAGAGGGGAUUAAUAAGCUUCAAUUCAUGUACAUGUUCCUGGAAUUCUCUGCACCAAUGACAAAAGUAGCAUCCCACUCAGCGUGGCCCCCUCCUUUACUGUCAAGGAAGCUAUCUGUCAGCCUGAUGCCUGCUUGGGAAGUGGGCUGCUUCCUGUGGGAGGACAAAGCUGAUGCAGGUCAUGCCCACAGGAACUAAGAUGGAGAAGUGAUGUCACUUGGAAACUCAGAACGUCUAUCUGAAAUUAUGACGAGAUAGGUGGGAGGGGUCAGUGCCAAAGUGUGAAAAGAGGUGCUGUUGUAGUUUGUGCUGCUUUCUUUGCUCACAAUGCUUCACAGUAACUCACUUUCAGUGUGGUUCAAUUAUUGUCAGUCAAGCCAUGGCGGGGCCAUGAUGAACAUCUCUCAGCCCUGCACCAUUUGUCCCCUGUGUGCGAUAUGGUGUCAGUAUAAUGUGAAGUCACUGGUGUGUAUCUGUGUCACUGUCCCACGUUGUUGUUCCACAAAUUGCAUGUCUGCACUAGGGAUGGGCGAAGACAUCAUAUUCGUACACCUCAAUGGCGGGUGUUGCAUUUGGUGCCUGGGCCUUCAGUGGGGACACUGGGGACACCAGACGCUGUGAGGGCUAGUAAUGUAUAAAAAAAAAAAAAAAAUGAGGAAACCCCUAAUACUAUAUUGCCACUCACUCUGCCUGGGAUUAGAGUCCUCGUUCCCUAGGCCGAGUGGCAGCAUUUUUAGCCACUUGCAUAAAAACUAUAACUGCCAGGUUGCUACAACUACCAUUUUAUUAAUAAAAGAAGACACCCAUGUAGCCCUGCGUCUCUGAAUACAUUGUCACCGAUACACCUGACUUUUAUUUCUGCGAGUAACUGCAAGCAUUACAACCUUUCACCAGUGCUUGUAAAUUUGGCGCUCAGCCAAAUGUAACAAGCGUAAAUUGAUCGACUCGAGGAUAAAGGGCUCAGACAACCCCAAACCUCUACACUACAACAUCAUCUGGAGCCCUUCCAAAUCAAUAUUUAUCUACAAAAUGCCAAAACAAAACGUUUACUCACUUUUACUCACCAGAGAUAUUAAUGUCUCGUCCUCGGUUAGCCGUUGUGGGUGUAACUUGGCUUGUCAAAGCAGUUUUGCUCUGAUCAGCCAAUGGAGGAUGGAAAAAUGCUGACGAUAUUGUGGGAGGAGAAUUUGAAAUCUGAUUGAAGAAACGGCCCCAUUGCUAAUGUAGUUUAAGUGACCUGGGCCAGCACUCCUGAUUCUGAAGGCCCUGGGCAGGUUAGAUUGACUUGGCAACAAAUAAAACCUGAAAUCUGAUUUGGACAUAAAAAUCUCAACAUACACGUACACUACUGGAAGCAGUGCAGCCAAGAGACCAGCUACGAAAUGAAGAGACUGUUGGGAACAAAUGAAUGCAGUUUUGUGGAACUGAUAAUAGAAUUUAGGGUGUAAAUGUAGGUCAGUGCUUCUGGUAGGUAGUUUAGGUCAGCAGAAAAGGCUUUGCUGGCCCUAACCGCACACCACUGGUACAUUCCAAUAUUAACAUCUCUGAGCUAAUCCUCUUCACGUUUGAAUGGAAAAGCAAAAUGUCACAAAAUAUUACAGUCUGCAGGACCUUCAGCCUCAUGACUCUUGUGAUGAAAUACAGUAUGUGCGUGUCAACAUGACAGUUGACCAUCUCCCAAGGUACCAAAGAUGAUUGCGAGGGGCCCUCACUCCAUCUUUUUUCUUUGUCAGCACACUAGUUGUGUCUGAAGGCUGUCAAGUGUAGUCCAUUAGCCCUCCAUUGCAUCACGAAGUAGCAACUAUGCUGAUAAAAUGGCAAAUAUUUUACGAUCAAACCUUUUUAAAUGUCAUGCUCAUCCCUAGAGUGCACCAAACUGUCACACUGUGCUGCCACAAAUACAGUACACAGAGUGUGUGAGGACAGUUUUUCAUCCAUCUCCAUGUGCGACGGGUUCAUGAAGUGGCCCGUGUCACGCAAUGAAACCUUUCGGUCUCCAUCAAGAAGCUCUUUGUUUGGGACAUAAAUGACCUCCCUUUCUUAUCCACCAUGCAGCUAUGGAAAGAUUGCCAAGUUUUCAGUCAGGUUCAGCAGCCUUUUGACUUGAGACGAAAGCCAAACAAAGCUGCAUCUUUAGCAGAUUUUGCAAUUAUUUUUUUGUUCCGUUAGUAUAUUUAAGAAUAUGUUGACCCUACUAUAAAGUCAUCGUGGGUCAACUUUCCAAGUCCAGGACAAAGCAGCUGUAAUGUGAAUGUUGCCUUAAUUUACGGCCCUGUAAAUGUUAACUAGGUUAUUAGUCAAGAUGCAUAAUCUGUUGAAGAAACACUGUUUUGUUCUUGUAUCUUCUUUGGUUCAAAAGCCCCCUCCACUCCACCACACAAAUGUGCCGAGGGCCUAUGUUGGAAUAAUGCAAUUUAACUAACAGGUAAUGACGCACUUCUAAUUAACUUUGUGCUUUAGCCCAAAUCUUCAGUUGUGUGUGUUUUCAUGUUUUCUCCAAGGCUGAUGUCACCUGUCGUGCGUCCCUGCCAAUGUUGUUGCCACAAUAUUUAUUGAAGUCUAUAUUUUCCCUUUGAAAUAAAUGCAAAUGAAAUUGAA